AUGUCAGGUCCACAUCCUCAGUUCAGUCCUGUGUAUCCGAUACCCUACAUCCUCCACCCCGCGGAGCGAGUAGAGCAACUCAAAGCUUUUCUGCAGACUGAUUUUGGCACAGCCCAGCGAGUGAAUGUUGAAGCUCUCAUUCGCCUAUAUGAGAAUGGCGAGCUUGGACCACGCCAACGAGGUGAUCCCCCGAUCUACCUUGUUGAGGGACGACGAGUCGAGAGGAACCCAUGGGAAGAUGAGUCGGUACCCAAUAACGCGAUGAGAUGGUUCUGCAAUGAUACUGGAAGCAACGUGCUUACUGUCUUCAUGUCCGAUCUCCUGGCGCUUCAGUUCGAUAUGGUACUCCACGGUCCAGCCAUACAAGGCGCAACGCCAAUACAUACCGCUAAUGGCCAGGCCCUCCAGCCUCUGAUAUUUGUUGAUAUGCAAAUUCUCACUUCUGCUUUCGUGGCACUUACCCCCUGGUUUCGAGAGACUGCUAUUGUGAAGCCAGAUAGCCCGGGAGAUGCACGUCUCUCAGGGGCGGCCAUGCGUAACCAUUUAUUCUUUGCCACAGCGCCCGGAAAUGCCCAUCUGGGUGUCUGUGAUAUUAGUCGUGCCAAUCUGAUGGCCGACGUGUCCAUUGUUCCCAACUUUGGACAGACCAUUAACAUCCCUGGUCAAGUUUGUCAUCCCGAUUGGACUUCCUGCAUUAUUGAUGGGCCAGGAAUCAACGAGUGUCUUAUGGGCGGACCACGUCUAUACUACACUGUGAACGGGGAUACUUUGUGGAGGAUUGCCGGACGCCUAAUGACUCUUGCUUCCAUUCAAGGUGAUGGAGGAAAUCAGUACGGGGCCAAUGAGACUAUUGCUGCUGGCCAAUUUCUCAAGGUCCCCUUGUGUUUUCCUAGUGCAUGCGAUAUCGAGCCUUAUACUUUCUCCGAGGGUGUUUACAAGGAUCUCGCAGAAAUGUACGGCUCGACGCGUGAGGAAGCGUUACACCACAGGGCCAAAACCCUGGAAAAGGCUUCACUCAUCGACGACAAUCGCGACCAGCUUGACUAUAUCAACCAGAAGCUCCAGAAGAUUCAAGCCGAAUUCCCAGCCAAAGAUUAUGAGCUUUACAGGAAUGAGUUUAUGUACUCGAGCCUCUUCAAAGAAGGCCACCGUAGCUUGAAGCAGGACUCGAGGUGGUAUAUGCGUGAAGAAUUGGUUCGGGAUUGUUCGGACAAGGAGGAUGCUGUAGUCGGGAAUGUGGAUGCUGUGGGAAGAGAGAUUUGUCCAGAAGGAACAAAGGACAUGGCCAUUGCACUACCGAAUGCUGGUGCUGUAUUGCCACUAGAGGUUUUGAGCUUCCGAACAAGGAAAAGAAGGACCGCAAGGACGGUUUCAAGAACAGGCUAG